UUAACCGGAUAUCCUGUGUCGCCCAAUUCCUCGUGAUAGUUUGUUGUCGACACUGCUGGUAGCUGCGUCCCCGCUGCACAGGACACCGGCACGUAAUGGCUUUUCUAAUGAGAUUAUGCAUGUUAGUCGUCAAUGUGUUGUGCUUACCCCUUCAUGUGCUCGAAGCCGUCGGCCUGUACAAAAUAUACAAACGCGUCUUCCCACUAUGUGUGUAUCGGAUAUCUGUUAACUACAAUAAGAAAAUGUACGAUAAGAAGAGGGAGCUGUUUCUGACUCUCCCAGAGUUCAACAAGGCCGGUGGCCAGAUGACGAUUUUGGAAAUUGGUUGCGGCUCUGGCACAAAUUUUGGGUUUUAUCCACCCGGUUGUAAGGUGAUCUGCACAGACCCGAACCCUCAUUUCCAGAAAUAUCUGAAGAAAAGCAUGGGCGAAAAUGACCACCUCACAUAUGAGAGGUUUGUGGUGGCAUCGGGAGAGGACAUGGGGUCGGUUGAGGACGAAUCGGUAGACGUUGUGGUCUGCACCCUGGUGCUCUGCUCUGUCAACAACAUACCGCAAACUCUGCGGGAGGCGCACCGCAUACUGAGGCCAGGUGGCGCCUUCUAUUUCAUAGAGCACGUUGUUGCAGACCCCUCCUCUUGGGCGUACUUCUUCCAGCAUGUCCUCCAGCCGGCGUGGUACUACUUUGGCGACGGAUGCGAGGUCACCCGGGCAACAUGGAAACAUCUGGAGGCAGCUGGAUUCUCUGACCUCAAACUAAGACACAUCGAAGCGCCGCUCUUCUUCGUGAUCAAACCGCACAUCAUAGGGUAUGCUGUGAAAUAGAUUGUGUCCUGGUUGGCUUUGUAGUAAUCUCGCCUCACAGGGUGUGUAAACACGCCAAGCACAAAAUGCCUCUCCUCCUCUUUUGUCUGAUAUGAUUGAUCACCAGUAAUCCAGAUAACACUAGGCAAUUUGGCUUUUUUAUUUUUGUAUUAAAAAGAAACUGCUCGUGUUUUUUUUAAGACAAUUAAUGCGUUGAAUGACAAUUUUACAUAGACAGCACACAAUAAACACUAAUUUUGUAUACCGUUUAAGUGCCAAAUAUAGUCAAUCUUGAUGUCUGUUUGAUUUUAUAUCCCACAGUCCUCACCUCCAAGUUGCUUGCUGAUGAAUUAAUAUAACACUACCAUAGAGAACUAAUGUAUGUUAGUGUUUAUCUGUCUGCUACUCGGUGUGGCCCGUUUGUAUCUUCCACAUGUCAACUAACAUUAAAAAUAAAAUAAAAUAAAAUUGCUGUGAUUA